AUGCCUGAGUUCUGCAGUGGGCAGACCCAGUGUGGUCCUGGCACUGCCAAGCAGGCCUCACCCCCCCUGGAGGAAUAUCACGUCUCCAUCGGGGGCCUCGGGGACAGUUUCUACGAGUAUCUGAUCAAAUCAUAUCUGAUGUCAGACAAGUCGGACGAAGACGCAAAGAAGAUGUACUACGGCGCGCUGGAGGCGAUUGAAGCUAACCUGGUGCAGAAGUCCCCCGGCGGUCUGACCUACAUGGCGGAGUGGAGGGGGGGGAUCCUGGACCACAAGAUGGGCCACCUGGCCUGCUUCUCCGGGGGCAUGAUCGGCAUCGGGGCGGACGAUGGAGAGCCGGAGAAGAGGCAGCACUACCUGGACCUGGCUGCUGAGAUCACACACACCUGCCACGAGAGCUACACCCGCUCAGCCACCAAACUGGGCCCGGAGGCGUUCCGAUUUGACAGCGGAGGAGAAGCCACGGCCACCAGACUGAACGACAGAUACUACAUCCUCCGCCCAGAGGUCAUCGAGAGCUACAUGUACAUGUGGAGGCUGACCCACGACCCCAAGUACAGAGAGUGGGGCUGGGAGGCUGUUCAGGCGCUGGAGCAGCACUGCAGGGUGGAGUCCGGCUUCUCGGGGAUCCGUGACGUUUACACCCUGACGGCGAGCCACGACAACAUGCAGCAGAGCUUCUUCCUCUCAGAAACACUCAAGUAUCUGUACCUGCUGUUCUCUGAUGACGACCUCCUCUCUCUGGAGGACUGGGUCUUCAACACAGAAGCCCACCCGCUGCCCAUCAUCCGCAGGAGCUGCCUGGAGGACCCGGCCCCACAGGACAAGACGGUCUCCGAAUAGGACUGAACUCCAACCACCACAGAGACAUGUGCACAGUUCAUGUGCACACACACAGUCACACAGAAAUGGCAAACACAGAUUUCAAUGCCGGUUCAGAGUCUUUUCAGGAGCGGGACUCUCAAUUCCUUUCCAGUGAAGGAUGUCGUCGUUUUACGCUGUGAUUGUAUAUCCUUUCGCCGGGGUUACUUCCUGCUGGCCCUUCUUUUUUGUGGACAAUCAAGACAAACAUGACUUUCAUGAAAAGAGCACCUUUUUCUUUCCUUCUUUCCUCUGUGAGGAAACCAGUAUAACUUGCAGACCCAAAUGUAAUGGGAAGAGGGUUGAACUACGGGCCAUAUUGUCAGAAAGAGAGAGAAACGUAUAGAAAACCACUUGAGUUUUGCUCUUUUAGUUUGUUGCUUUCUUAAUUUUUAGUGAUGAAUGAUUUCCUGUUUUUUUCUCGUCGUUGCAUUUUUUCCUUUGUGAGUACACUCUUUGACCAAAGGUUUCUUUGCAUUUCUAUUUCCCUCUUUUUCCAGUAAUGUGUUUUUCGUGAGAGUCGACAGGAAGUUAAAUUAACGAGCAUUGAAUUGUAAUGAAUAUUGAUUAAUGUACAGACAUUAAAUGUGAUUCUCGGAUCCACUUCCAAACUAAUGUUGAUGUCAUGUUUCUUACUGAAACAAGCUUGAAUGAAUUUCUUAACAGUUCGGGGGUGUCAGGAAAGGGGCCGUGUCUUAUGCAUCCAGUGACCAUUGUUUUUUUAAAUGAUAUUGAGUUGAGUUUCCACUGUGUGCUUGGGUUAUUUUGUGAACAGGACAAUGCUUUCUCAGUCCUCUCAGCCUUUCAAGUCAAAGUAACAAAUGGAGUACUGUCAGUUCUGUACCUGUAAUACACAAAAUCAUGGAAGAAAAACACUUUCCCUGUCCGGAUCCAAAUGGGUUUUCCUGUUUUCUGUUGUAGUUUGUUCUGCUUCACCCUGCCUUUACAUGUGAAUCCAUACAGCUGGUUUCCAUCACUGUUCUUUCAUCACUGCUGCCCCCCCCACAGGGUGGAGCGAAUGUGCUGUACAUACAGAUGAAGUGAGUGACCCCAGUAUGAGCUUUUUCUUGAUUUCAUUAUGUGGUUUUUUGUUUGUUUUUCUUAACUUCAGUGGUUAUUUUUCUGGGUUCUCUUUUGAUUUGCUUCCCUCAGGUGUUUCAGUAAAAAAAAAAAAAAAUGAAACUUACUUUAAGUCUAGUUAUUGCUGAUAUUAAUUAUUGUUAUUACUUACUGUUUGAUUUAACUUUCAUUGUUGAAUAUUUUCAAGUACUGAUAAAAAGACCUGUGCAACUUUGUACAUUUAAAACAA